GAUUUUUGCUCGGCUCUUAUCAACCCGAUCUAGAAAGGGGUUCUCUUUUAACCUUUACACAGCCUCCUUUGUAUCGUUUGCAUCCAUCAUACCAGCAACCUAGUGAUUUGACAGGAUGGCGUCAAAGCCAUACGCAGCAUCUUCGCCUGAAUACAACAUACCGAUAAGUGAACGUAAACGACCAACAGAUUGGGUUCGAACGAUUUUAUUUGGAGUGUAUUUUAAUGCAUGCAUCUUGUUCAUUCAUUCAUUUCAAUAUUUCAUCGGUCUAUUGUAUCCUUUUCCGGGUUCACGCAGGUAUUAUGAAAUCUUGAUUCAAUAUACCAAACGUGGAUUCGGGAAAACAAUCGUUGCAAUCUCUCAACUUUUCGCUCCAACGACAAUCAUUUUGACAUGUUCUGAUACGGAAGGUAACAUUAUCAAUCCUGAAGAGUUGGUGCAACGUGAUACAAAUGGAAAUGUGAAAAAGAUUCAACUUCCGCAAAAGAGCGUUUGGAUCAGUAAUCAUCAAAUUUAUACUGAUUGGCUUUACCUUUGGUGUUUGGCAUAUUAUAGCGAUUUGGCCGAUUCAAUCUUUAUCAUUUUGAUGAAAUUGUACAAAUGGCUCGUUCCAAUUGGACCUGCUAUGCAAUUUUAUCGAUUCAUCUUCUUGCAAAGGAAGUGGGAGAGCGAUAAGGCUUACUUGGCCAGACAUUUGAGUUAUCUGGCUCACUUGGCAUCAGACAAGAAAUCAGACGAUGCCGCAAGUGGAUCUGCGUCAAAGUUGCUCUUGCUCAUCUUCCCAGAAGGUACACUUGUCUCGCCUCUUACCCGUCCAGUCAGCAAAAAAUUUGCCGAUAAAUCUGGCAUUGAGGAUUGCACAAAUUUGCUAUUACCAAGAAGUACAGGAUUACUUUUCAGCCUUCGUAGUCUGGCAGCUGAUAUCAAAGAUCUCAAAUUGGUAGAUUAUACAAUCGGUUAUGCUGGUGUUCCUAAAGCAGGAACAGGUCAAGAAUAUUACACUUUACGUUCAACUUUCAUGCAAGGUGUUGCACCACCAGCCGUUCAUGUUCACUUUACAAUUUAUUCUCUCGAUCAAUCUUCUCCAAAUGCACCACCGAUCGGAAAGCUUUCCGAAAGUGCUGCCAAAGCUGCAGAGCAAGAUAGUACGCAAGAAGAAAAAGAUGCUUUUUCCGAUUGGCUUUUGCAAAGGUGGAGAGAAAAAGAUGCCAUGCUAACACGAUUCUACAAAGAUGGCGAUUUUAUCAGUGGCCAGUACUUAUCCAAACGUGGUCAAUUACCCAAGAAAGCAGACGGCAAAUCAGACGAUAUACCUUUUGUUGAAAUCCCAGUCAAAUUGCGUAACUUUUUCGAAUUUGGCGAUACGAUCGCUUGGGGUGUUUCAAUCGUCUUGAUUUGGGCAACAUACAAAAUCAUCAGAGUUGUAGUGUAAAUGUAUUACCAUGUAAUCAUAUUUAUUUCCAAAAGAAGGUAUAAGAUCAAAAGCAUUGAGAAGAUCGUUUCGAGUCGUUCACGUACCAGUAC